CUGAUAUCCUUGGUGUGACCAUCUAUCGGUCUGGUUAUGUCACUAUCGGCAUGUCUCUUUUGAUCGUCCACUGCAAUAUGUUGCCUUCAUUUUUUAAAUUGCAAUCUUUUUCCACCGAAAAAGUAAUUGAUUAGGAGGAUAACCUUUAUUUAUUUAUUCAUUGAUUAAUGCAUCGACGCUACUGAAUCUAUUUAUUUAGUUACUGGAUCUUCCAUCCCUUCAUUUUCUACAUCUACACCCACCAACCAUUACCAUUCACCACACACUUCUCUCAAACAUGACUAGACCAAAGUUUUAUCUUUUCGGCGAUUCAAUCACUGAGGAUUCCUUCAAUCUUGGAGGUUGGGGUGCUUCUCUUGCCAACUAUUUCUCUCGCACGGCUGAUGUGGUGCUUAGAGGGUAUGGUGGUUACAACACUAGAUGGGCACUUAAGGUGUUGGAUAGGGUUUUCCCUUUCUCACAUGGCGGUGAUGCUGGAACUCUAACUGCUCCAAUUGCUUUGACCGUUUUCUUUGGGGCUAAUGACGCUUGUCUUCCUAAUAGAUGCUCUGGUUUUCAAAACGUACCUCUCCAUGAAUACAAGGACAAUCUUCGUUCCAUUGUCUCAUUCUUCAAGAAACGAUGGCCCACAACUCAUGUUAUCUUAAUAACUCCUCCUCCCAUUGAUGAAGAUGCACGACUUAGAUAUCCGUAUGUGGACAAUCCAGAGGGUCUUCCUGAAAGGACAAAUGAAGCUGCUGGUGAAUAUGCUAAAGCAUGCAUUGCUGUGGCCACUGAAUGUCAAAUUCCUUUCAUUGAUCUCUGGACCGAAAUGCAACGGUUCCCUCACUGGAGAAAAGUCUAUUUAAGUGACGGUUUGCAUCUGACAAAUGAAGGGAAUCAACUUGUCUUUCAUGAAAUAAUCAGAAAACUGAGAGAAGGAGGUUUAAAUAUAGAAUCUAUGCCAGUUGAUCUCCCUCUUAUAGGUGAUAUUGACCCUAAUGACCCCAUGAAGGCAUUUCUUUAGUAACAGGAUGAUAGAUAUAGUGCAAAAGGGGUAAUCCUUUUGUGAAAUUAUUGUUCUGUUGUCAUUAUUAUUAAGAUAUAUAUGUAAACAAUACAUUGGGUGAGGGAUAUAUGUUUUUCCUCUCUGAAAGUAUUACAUAUUUCUCUAUGUUUAGUGUCAGUGAAACAAUUUGAAGUUUGAACUGUUUGUAUAAUAAUGCAAUUGUUAGAUGCAUUUUACACCCUCUCACAAUUCUGUUAAAUAAAACCAUGCAUUUGGAUAUGAA